CCCGGCGCACAGAUCAAACUCGGCGCUGGUGGCUUACGGUGGCGUGUGGCUCGACUUGUGGUGCGAUUGACGAGUAUAUACGAUUUGUGCGCCAGCAAAGAAUUUGAUUUGAUUUGGUGGGUGAACCACAUAAAUAUAGUUUAGCGGCAGACAAAUAUCGUUAAAGUCAAAACACGGCUGCGUUGGCUUCAAAGUCGGUUUACAGCAGAAAAAAAGUAGUUUUAAUAAAUAUAAUAUAUAGAGUUUUAUAAAAAGUGUACUACCUGUGCGCACUCACUUCAUUCUUUGCCGCAUACAAAGUUUAUGAACUAAGUGACUGACUCGCCUCAGCUUUCAGUGUAUACAUACAUAUGUAUGUAGUCAACGAGUUGAAUAACCGUCCAACAAGUGUGAGUGUAGUGCGGUGUGCUAUCGCUGUGUAGGUAAUGCCGUGUAGACACAGAACAUAAUGUUCCAUGAAAGAAUAUAGGAAAUAGUGACAUUGUGACAAAAAAAACUACAAGAAUGUGCGCUCGCAGGUGUGUGGUUUUGUGAAAGUGCCAAUCGAGUAUUUGUUAAAUUGUUAAGAAGCAAAAGAAAUUAUGUUCUAAAAAGUGAAACUUCAACGCAGACGGCAACUACAAAAUUUGCGCAGAAUAUAGCUAGUUUGCGGAAAUACUGACAGACUGCUCAAGCUUCAUUGGCGGCGAAGACUAAAAAGCAUAUAAACACCCUCAAAAAAACACAGAAUCUCAAAAUGAAACGCCGGAAGCUACUACUCUGUUGGACGAUCCUACACUCUGGUCUCAGCCUAAUUGCUUUUCUCACAUUACUGCUUAGUAAAACUACACAAGCGGCGAUUGUGCCACCGCCUUGGAGCGAUCCAGAAAAGAAUCCCUGCGCCAGCAUGCCCGGCGGUUGGCAAUUGCUCUACUGGCCGCCGCUUAAACAGUGCUUUAAAAUCUUCACAAUCGGCUACCCGUGCCCGGAGACGAUGGAACUGAGCCCAGCGCCGAAUGUGGGUAAAACGAAAUCGGCGCGCCUUAAUGCACCAGCAGCUGAAUGCCGCUGUCCGCCAGGCACUGCGCUAAGUGCGGAGACGAAUAAAUGUCAUGAGAUAUUUAAGCGUGGUCCAUGCGAACAUAGUGCAUACUUUGCGCCAUUGCCGGAAGAACGCGCGGCAAUCAGUGGCGGACGAAGGUCCAGCAAUCGUUGGGGCAGCUGUAAAAUGGCCAAGCAAUGCCCGAUGGGCAUGAUUUUUUGGCCGAAAGAUGGCAGAUGCUAUGCGCAGUACACGAAAGGACCUUGUGUUAAAGGCAAGCUGCUGGUUUUGAAUGAAGAUGGACUGGGCGAAUGUAAGUGUGAACCCGAAGGUGCACUGCGCGAUUAUUUUUACGAUCCCGAAGAGACGUGUCAUGAGCAUUAUACCAAAGGUCCUUGCUCAACACCCGGUGAGCUCUUUCUGCCUGGUGGACGUUGUGAUUGCCAUCGGCAUUUACCACACUACAACGAGGAUCAUCAAAUGUGCUACGAAUUGAACACACCAGGGCCCUGUCCGCCGGGCCAUAUCUUCAAUCUGCCAGACAAUUUCACGGCCGCCAACACAGCGACAGACAUACCCCGCGCACAGUGUCAGUGCAAGGACGGCUAUGUGCCCUGGAAUGAUGGACUGUGCUACCGCCUCUACACAAGGGGACCAUGUGGGCCCAACGAAUUUCUAAUUAAUGCAACCAAUUGUGUGCGCAACUUUUGCGGCAAAAGUCGUCUGUAUUUUCCCGAGGAGAAUACAUGCUAUCGCAUUGGCUCACAAGGUCCGUGCUCAUUGCAUCAAGUGGUUGUAUUCGACUUCACGUCCCGACCCUCAGUCGAUGGCAUUUCAUACAACGGCAUUUGCGGUUGCUCCGGCGUCAUUUGGAAUCUCGAUCAACAAUGUUCGAAUAUCGAUAAUGGAGGUACAGAAGAUGAAAAUACGUGCGAAUCGACACCGGGUAUGGUAGAGCUGAAUGGUAAUUGUUAUAAAUUAUAUACGAGAGGACCAUGCGGACCGGGCCAAUGGUUGGAGCCGAUCAAAACACAUACACUCGGCCCGCAAACGCAACGCUUUUUAGAUACGAAGGCGAAAUGUGUCUGUCGGCCCGGCUAUACGCUCGCCGAGGAUGCUGGCGAGGAUGAGCAAAAUUUACCACGUGCGCGCAUAACACGCUGCAAUGCGCCCACGGUGGGAUUAGCGAGGUAUUUGAAUAAGCAACGUGAAAAUUCGAAAUUCAAUACAAAUUCUAAUUUUCCCAACUUUCAAUUUUAAAACUAACAAAGUCAGCGUUUGCUUGCCUAAGUAUGUAUGUAUGUAUGUAAAUAUAUUAAAUUUAAGCCAAACUGAAUACUGUAAGCUCUGCUGCAUCCAAUCUUUUUUAAAUUCUUUGUAUAAACAUUUUGAUAAACUUUCAGCUCUUCUAUUGUAAUUUUUUCAAAUUAUAAAAAAAACUGUGUUACUAUGUAAAUAGAUAUUCUAUUCAGCUAUUCAGCACUUAUUUGGGUUCUAUACACUCGUAUAUUGUAUAUAUGUCAAUAUCCAUAUGUAUAUAUUUAAAUCUUUCAAUAUGUACAACGCCCUGAACUAUAAAUGUGACUCUUUGGUGCAUGCCAACCUCUGCUCAACUAUCCUGCUCUCUUGCCAACAUAUCUACAACUACUCUCUGUGCCUGCGUCUGUUCCUCAGCAUGCCCGCAUGUUUGCCUUCAUAAUCGCUAAUUAUUACGUACAUAUUAUGUAUAUUUAUAUGAAUUUACUGUUAUAAAUAUAUUUCGAUUCUCUUCAUAUUUUUAGAUGGUUUUUAGAAAUUUUCGGAUAGCACGGAUAAAUCAAACAUAUUAGAAGGCAUAAAAUAUUGUAUUAAAUUAAUUGUAAAUUAAAACGAAAAUUUAAUGUAAACAUUAAAAACUUAAAUUCGUUAAGAAAUUAUAAUUAAUUCGAAAAAAUAACUAUUAGCUUAAGUAAAGCAACAUUGUUAGUGUGUGUUUGAGAUUUCUGUGUGCCAUUUGAAAUCAAAUG